AUGGACAUCGACGACAAUGACGACGAUUUCUAUGCGCCAGAAGAGCCUGCAGACCCGGCAGCCCCGGCAGCCCAGCCAGAGGGCGCUGCGACAACAGCAACAGCAUCCGCAUCCGCAGCAGCGGGCGUCCCUGCCGAGCCCCAGUCCAAGCCCGACCCGGACGAGGACCUCGAGGAGGGCGAAGAGGAAGACGAGGGCGGCGCCAUGGACGAGGACGACUCCUCCGAUGACAGUAUGGUGAUCAUCACAGAGAGAAAGGACGGAACCUCGGCUGGGCCACCAUCCAACAUCAAGGACAUUCCUCAGCGCUCAAUAUCCAACGACACCACCACGAAAGCCCCGCCCAAGAAACCAGACUCCCCCGCCGCCCGAAAACAGCCCAGCGGCGCCGACCUGCCCGCCAUCAGGACCUCCACCCUCGACAUCAAUGCCAUUCCCACGCACAAGCCUACCGGCAAGCCCCUGACACAGGUCAACAUCGACGAGGAUCUGACUGAGCACGACAAGCCGUGGCGGAGACCCGGCACGGAUCUGUCCGAUUACUUCAACUACGGUCUCGACGAGUUCACCUGGGCGCUCUAUGCCUCCAAGCAAGGGAGCAUGAGGCAGGAGUUCAACUCCGAUGCCAUCGCUGCCAACAACAAGAAGAUGAUGGAGGACAUGCAGAACAUGAUGAUGAUGGGCAUGGGCGGCAUGCCAGGGAUGAUGCCUGGUGCCGCCGGUGGUGGUCAGGGCGCUUCUGGCCAGGGCGGGCCCGCCGGCGGCAUGCCAGGCAUGGAUGGAAUGCCGCCUGAGAUGCAGCAGAUGAUGCAGCAGAUGAUGGCUGGCGGCGCCAUGGAUCCUAGUCAGAUGGACCCAUCUACUAUGGGCGCCAUGUUUGCCGGCAUGCAGAACGCCGGCGGCCAGCAGGGCCAAGGCGGUCAACCUCAAAACUUUGGCGGUGGCAAUUUCGGCGGCAACCAAGGCCAAGGGUUUGGUUAUGAUCAAGGCAGCAUGGGUGGAGGCAACCGCGGGGGCUUCAAUCGAGGCCGCGGAGGUCGUCAGCGAUACUAG